GGCCGGCCGGCCGGCCACCCCGGCCAAUCUGCACGGCCUCCCCGCCCGGGACAGGGACAGGGACAGUCUCACCUGUUGUCGCUGCUGCCGCUGCCGCAGCCACCGCCGGGACAGAAAGAGCCCUGGGAUCGCGGGCGGUGCCAGUCCUCGGGAACCACCGUCCUCCAGCCGGGCCGGAGGGGACGGGAAGAAGAAGAAGAGGAGGAGGAGGAGGAGGAAGUGGACUGUACUAUCAUGAGCGGCACUAGGCCCAACUGCCUGUCGCAGCCCGUGGUGAAGAAUGUCCUGGUCUACCGCAACGGGGACCCCUUUUUCGCCGGCCGCCGCCUGGUCAUCCACGAGAAGAAGGUGUCCAGCUUCGACGUCUUCCUGAAGGAGGUGACCGGAGGGGUGCAGGCCCCCUUCGGCGCCGUCCGCAACAUCUACACCCCCCGGGCCGGCCACCGCAUCCGGAAACUGGAGCAGCUUCAGAGCGGGGAGCAGUACGUAGCCGGGGGCCGGGAGGCCUUCAAGAAACUCAACUACCUGGACAUCGGGGAAACCAAGAAGAAGCUUCAUGGAGACUCCGCCAAUGCUGAGUCAUCAGAGGAAAAUGUGAAACCAGUUGUCCACAGCAGGAUCAACGUGUCCGCGCGCUUUCGCAAGCCCCUGCAGGAACCCUGCACCAUCUUCUUGAUCGCCAACGGAGACCUCAUCAAUCCGGCCGUGCGCCUCUUCAUCCCCCGGAAAGCCCUGAAUAAAUGGGACUUGGUUCUGGAAAUGGUGACGGAGAAGGUAGCCCUCCGCAGCGGGGCAGCCCACAGGCUUUACACCUUGGAAGGGAAGAUUGUGCAGAGCGGGUCGGAGCUGGAAAACGGCCAGUUUUACGUUGCGGUCGGCAGAGACAAGUUCAAGAAGCUGCCUUACAGCGAACUGCUCUUUGACAAGUCGACAGUGCGAAGACCUUUUGGUCAGAAAGCCUCCUCCCUCCCUCCCAUCGUGGGAUCCAGGAAAUCGAAAGGGAGCGGGAAGGACCGCCACUCCAAGUCGACGGUGGAGUCCAGCGAUGGCUCGUCCCCGCAGCCCCCGAAGAGCAAGGGGAGGAAGAACGGGCCGGGCACAGACAGACCCCUUAAGACCAAGCAACGGGCACCGCAGGAGUCGGCCGCCGACCUCCCCGACGGCGACGAGGGGAUCUUCAAGGCGGGAGCGGAGAGAUCCGAAAUGAACGGAGCCGUGGAAAUCCAAGAAGAUGAAGACACUCUAGUGGAGGUUCCACUGGAUCAGAGGCCUGCAGAGAUGGUGGACGAGGAGGAAGAAGAUAAUGGAAGACCAGAAGGAGAGGUCGCUGAGGGGAGCAAAGAAGACCAUUCGGGAAUGAAUGGUGAGGUGGAGGAGAAAGUUAAUGGAGAUGCUCAUGAUGCUGACGAGGGAGAGGCGGGGCCUGAAGAAGAAGGGUUGGGGCCUAAAGAGGAAGGCGUGGAGCCUAAUGAGGAAGAGACAGGGCUUGAGGAGGGAAAGGAGAAUCCAGACCAGGAAGAAGAGAAUCCAGAUCAGGAAGAGGACAAUCCAGACCAGGGAGAGGACAAUCCAGACCAGGGAGAGGACAAUCUCCCUCAUAUAAAUGGCACCAAUGAGGAAAAUGGGGAAGAACUGGAACGAACAACAGAGGACAAGCAUCACGCGGACGAGGAGGACGAAACAAAGUCAGCGGGGGAUGGCGGUGGACAGGACAAGGACGACUUGGAUCCGGCCCGGCCGCCCCGGCCGGAGGUGAAAAUCACCAGUCCUCAAGAAAGCGAUCACAACGAGGCAGGCAAGGAGCGGGCGGCCGUGGCGUAGAGGAGGCGUCGCGGAAGCGGAUCCAGGAGGAAAAGCAAAGACUUCUAAGACUUGGGAUUUCAACACGAGCUCGGCCGGGACUGCCGACUCCGUCUCUCCGUGAGAUCGGAGGCCGCCCUCGCAAAUUACGAGGGCACUGGUCCACUGAGGCUCACAGCCCUGCCCUUAACCAAAAGGAAGGCCCGGUCCCUCCAAAUGCGAUUUUUCCAGGCCAGGCGGGGAGGAUUUCGUUGCCCUACGGACUCUUCCCUGCCUCGUCCUGGGACGACACUCCUCGACGGGAUCGAUCCCUCUUUUAAGAAAGGUAGAAGUAGAUCUGGUAGGUUUCGGAGGAUCCUAAAAGACGUGUUGAAAAAAAAAAACAAAGAAAAGAAGAGAGGCUACUUUUGGUGAAUCCGGUGAAAUGUAAUGUGAUGUUUUCCUGAGGUGUGAAUAAACCGUGGACGGCA